AUGAGUGAAUCCAAGUUCAGGGUCCUCAUCGUGGGAGGGAGCGUGACCGGCCUCACUCUCGCCAACAUGCUGGAGCGAGCAGGUAUCGACUAUCUUGUGCUCGAAGGCCAUCACGAGAUUGCGCCUCAGAUUGGUGCCAGCAUUGGCCUCUUCCCUAGCGGUUUGAGAGUCCUGGACCAGCUGGGCUGUGCCAAGGACCUUUUGGACCUCGUCGACAUGCCUCUCGAAAACAUGUUUAUGCGGAAUGGAGAUGGAUCGGUGAUUUUCCACCAGAAAGAUUCCCAGCUGAUCUUUGAAGAAAGGCACGGUUAUCCAGUCAUCUUCAUCGACAGACAAAUGCUUCUGCAGCGCCUAUACAAGAACCUGAAAUCUACAAAAAGGGUCCUCAGCGGCCAAAAGGUCAAGUCAAUCGAGACUAUUGAGAACAGUGUUCAAGUCACCACGGCCUCCGGAGAAACCUUCCAUGGUGAUAUUCUCGUGGGAGGUGAUGGCAUUUACAGCACGGUUCGACAGGAGAUGCACCGUAUUGCUCAGGAAGAGUCGACUAAUUAUUUCCCUGAGGAUGAAUGGUCAAAAGUGCCUUGCGAUUACAGAUGCAUCUUUGGCAUUUCACAGCCUACGAAAAAAUUGACGCUGCCUGGAAUUCAUUAUGUCUUGAACAAGCACAAAUCCUACCUUGUCAUCACAGGUCCAGGGGGUCGAGUGUAUUGGUUUCUGAUGGACAAGUUGCCCAAAACCAUGUACGGGGACCAAAUUCCCAGAUAUACCAAGGACGAAGAGCUUGCACUUGCUGCGAAAUACGCCUCUGAUCCAAUCACCACCGAAAUCACCUUUGGGGAGUUAUAUGCCGGCAGAACCAGUUCCGUGUUAACGCCCCUCCACGAGUAUGCAUUUAGUAAAUGGUUCUACAAACGAGCCAUAACCAUAGGAGACUCUGCACACAAGUUUGAACCGAUCACUGGGCAGGGCGGAAACAGCGCUAUCGAAUCAGCUGCCGCGUUUGUUAACAACUUGACCGCUGCUCUGAAAAAGACCAAGGGCCCAUUAACCAACAAGGAGAUAGAAGCAAUCUUCGAGAAAACGCAGGAGCAACGAUUCGAUCGAGUGUCAUAUUUGAUAUCCCUCGCCCACAAGCGCCAACAGAACGACGCCCUUGAGACUCCUAUUCAUGAAAUUCUUGCCAAGACUCUUCCCUUGAUAAUCCCGACAGAACUUGCAUUGGAGGAGCUUUCACGUGUACUUGUUGGUGCUGAGCACCUCCAAAUCCUACCCAAACCUCCGGGAGCACACAGCCGGCCAUGGGGCGACGAGCUUCCUGCCAAACCAUUUUCGGCCCCCUGGAUCUUGGGAGGACUCGGCUUCUCUGCCCAAGCCUUCUUAUUUUGGUUAUCCGGAAAGGCUAUGUCGAAUCUUACAAUUCCUCUGGACUUUAUGGGAGGAGACUUCAGGAAGGAGUAUGUCCAUAUCAAGUCGGUGGAUGGACUUCUCUCAGUCUUGGUAAGGGCGUUCGGGAAAGUACUCUCGCCUUCCACUCCAGAGAGGGCGCAGCUGCUGUACUUCAUGCCUGUUAUCAUGUCCACUAUUCUCGAUUGGAUGAUUGAGGGAUAUCGCGCAGGCAGCCAGGGAUUGCCCCUUGCUUGGCCAAGUGCAUUUGGUAGCAUCUACCAGCUGUCUGGGAUAGGCCGCAUUGCGCCUCUUUACAACGUGCUGAAUAUUCCUUUUGCGACGCUUUUCCGCACGCUCGGAGUAAAUACUGGUAGGACAAUCCCGCCAGAAGUAUCAAAGGCCCUCCUCCCUAGUAUCACGCUUGGAUACGUACUACCUUCGAUCCUACUUGUCUAUCCAUUCCAAAACAAAGACACUUGGCAGAAGUAUAUCGCCCUGUGGCAGCCGUUCCCGGUCUUCGUUGGCGUACUUACUACCGGGCUCUCUAAAUUUUAUGCUAGCAAGAGGCCCGCAUUGGACGAAAAAUCAGACGCCGAAAGAAAGAAGAAGGACAGGAAGGCUAGUCUCCAAACCCUCAGGCGUGUAUAUGCUAUCGGGUUUGGAGUCACCGCGCUCUGCCAUGUGGGCUCGAUGAUCAGCAUCUGGAACACGCCGGGCCAGUCGGUUUCCCAGGUCCUUGGCAAUCUCGGCUCCCCGUUCGCUGAAAAGGUGGACGAAACUCCCGGUACAGGCAUUCCACUGUUUUUCAGAUGGGACAUGGCGCUGAAUUGUGCCUCCGUGGCCGUCCAGGGCGUCCACCGCAUCUGGGAACUGAGAAGUUACGGAUAUAUUACAACGGCCAGCGCACUCAGGGCCACCUUAUUGGCAGCGGCGGGAACAGUCGUCGCUGGUCCGGCGGCUACCCAGAUUGGAAUCAUGGCAUGGAGGGAAGAGAUUUUGGUUGGCCUGGCUCGGUGA